UGUGAAUCGGCUCCGCACACCAACCUUUACUGAAGAGACUUCUUCUUGGCUGUCUUGGGUUACCUCUACAGCUUAGUGGCGCGCACCAUAAGCCUUCCUGAUCGCUUGUGCUAUCAGCAAGUUCGUGGGACAACCUUGUGCCCGCUCAUUUCAGCCUCGCCUGUAUAAGUACCGGUCAAUCGCGCCACCACUGGCUUGCAAGGCUUUCUCGCUGCCUCGCCUGCCUGCAUACAUACAAGGACUACUUCAGCUGAAGUCCCUUUGCCUGCGUGUUGCGCCUUCCUCCCCGCACCCGCAAACGGCCUUCCACCCCACUACUAAAGGUCACCUUCAACAAACCCCAAGGACCUCACUUCAACGAUAAUGGCGAUCUUCAACAGGAGCUCCAGCUCCUCAAAUGAGAGCCCUCACCAGAAGGACCCCGAAAUGUACGGAAAGUCUGAGUACACCACUAACGCCACCGCUGCGCAUGUGGUCGAUGAGAAUGGUGUCACAAUCCACCAGGACAACAACCAUCUCCACCGUGGUCUCAAGUCUCGUCACAUCACUAUGAUUGCCAUCGGUGGUGCUAUCGGAACUGGUCUUAUCAUUGGUACUGGAAAGGCGCUGGCUCAAUCUGGACCUGGCUCGAUCCUUAUCGCCUACACAUCCGUUGGUUUCCUCGUUUACAUCGUCAUGACCGCUCUUGGAGAAAUGGCCGCCUGGAUCCCUCACAGUUCUGGUUUUGCUGGUUACGCAACCCGCUUCGUUGACCCUGCUCUCGGUUUCGCUCUCGGAUGGACAUAUUGGUGCAAGUACAUCAUCACGACGCCAAACCAAUUGACUGCCUCCGCCUUGAUCAUCCAAGAAUGGGUACCUGACACUCGAGUCAACCCCGGAAUCUGGAUUUUGAUCUUCCUUGUGGUGAUUUGCACCGUCAAUUACUUUGGUAUCAAAUUUUUCGGUGAACUCGAAUUCUGGCUCAGUUCGAUCAAAGUUAUCGUUAUUGUUGGUGUCAUUAUCCUUUCAUUCCUCUUAGCAGUCGGUGCAGGACCAGGCCCUGCGACUGGUUUCAAAUACUACAAGAACCCAGGUGCCUUUAAGCCAUACAUCGGCACAGGCGCAGCGGGUAAAUUCUACGGUUUCUGGUCCUCCUUGGUCAACGCUGUCUUCGCGUACCUUGGUACUGAGCUCAUUGGCGUCACCGUUGGUGAGGCACAGAAUCCCCGCAAGACAAUUCCUCGCGCCAUCAAGCUGACCUUCUACCGAAUCCUGUUCUUCUACUGCUUGUCCGUGUUCUUUCUGGGAAUGAUCGUACCAUACAAUUCCGAUGAUCUCAAGUUCGCAAACACCCAAAAAUCCAAGGCUUCGGCUUCGCCUUUCGUUGUCGCUAUCAAACUUGCCGGCAUUAAGGCUUUGCCCGACAUCCUCAACGCCUGCAUUUUGCUCUUCACUUUCAGUGCCUCGAACUCGGAUCUGUACAUCGCUUCGCGUACCAUGUACGGUCUGGCCGAGGAGGGUCACGCCCCCAGGAUCUUCAAGUGGACCGACAAGCGCGGUGUUCCUGUUCCCGCCCUGGCCAUCUCAGCGCUCUUCUGCUGCACUGCCUUCAUGAAUGCCGCCUCUUCGUCGACGGUCGUUUUCGGCUACUUCGUCAAUCUCACUACCAUCUUCGGUCUACUGUCCUGGAUCUCGCUGCUCGUUUCGCACAUUUGGUUCGUCCGCGCACGCCGUGCUCAGGGUAUUACCGACAACCAACUGGCCUACGUUGCCCCCUUUGGUCUCUGGGGAUCUAUCAUUGCACUCUUCUUCUGCUGCCUCAUCGCUCUGACCAAGAACUUCAAUGUUUUCACGCGGAGUCCCAAGACAUACGGUGACUUUGAUUACAAGAACUUCAUCACCGGCUACCUCGGUAUUCCCAUCUACCUCAUCUGCAUCUUCGGUUACAAAUUCUUCAUGAAAUCCAAGGGUGUUAAGCCUCACGAAGCCGACUUCUACUCUGGCAAGGAUGAGAUCGAUCGUGAAGAAGAGGCCUUCUUGGCCGCACAGGCUGAAAAGGAACUUGCCAAUGAAGGCAAGAAGGGCGGCAGCUGGUUCUACAGGACCUUCAUUGCAUGGCUCAUCUAGGUUCUUGGAUACCAUCCUUUGGACAAGCUAUCUCGACGACAUUCUAUAGUUCCGCUACGACAUGGUACAACUAGAGACUGCACGUUGAGUGCACAGUUUAAUGCAACGGAUCAAUGAUAAUGCACAUGGUCCUUAUCGCAAUAUCCUUCCCUCAUAGUCACAAAGUGACUUUAUUUGAACAUUCACGUCAGCCUCGAUACUUUCCA